AUGGACGGGAAUAACAUCCAGGUACUGCAUGGCUCUCUCUUUCAGGGGCUUCCUAAUCUGCUUUAUCUCCAUCUGGAAAACAACAAAAUUACAAAUAUCAGUAAAAAUGCUUUUUCAGGGCUUGUAAAAUUGCGUUUACUGAGCCUUUCAGGGAACCCCCUAAACUCCUUACGCCAUCCCACAUUUUUACCACUGCGCUCCCUUAGCACACUUAGCAUGGCUGGAAAUAAUCUGCAGCAACUGGGACCAGGUGUUUUUCAUGGACUACAGAGGCUUUCCAAGCUCGUUCUUAGCUCAAGCAGGAUUUCUCAUCUACACAGCAAGACUUUUCAGGGAUUGGGAUCUUUGCAAGAGCUGCACCUUGAUGGAAACUUACUGAGCAAUCUGCCUGAAAGCCUUCUAGUUUCGCUGCAAAGUUUGGAGGUAUUAAAUAUGAGCCAUAAUUCUCUGUCCAGUUUGCUGCCUAGAACAUUCAGUGGAUUAAGUCGGCUGAGGGUUCUGGAUCUGCAGUAUAAUAUGCUUAGUUUUCUGCCUGGGGAUAUCCUUGCGGAAAAUUCAGCUCUUUACAGGCUACAGCUAGAUGGCAAUCGAUGGAACUGCAACUGUCAUCUCUUGGGGCUCAAACACUGGAUUUUAGGAACCCUACACACACGGAUACGAAUGCUAACAGUGUUUGUAAAGUGCAGCGAGCCCCAGGAAGUAGCAGGAAAGUAUUUGGACUAUCUGGAAGAUGCUUAUUUACAGGGAACUGAAGGCUGUGUUUAUACUACAACCCCUAAAGGGAUGUCCAGCACUGUACCAGGUGAACAUCUGGUUUUGCAUCCUUCACCUGAAGGUCAGAAAAGUGAAGCAGAUUCUGAUCAUUUGGAUUCAAAAGCAAGUUUAUUACUGCCUGUCUCUACGCAAUCACCAGAAGCCCUCAUUUUGCCUCAAACAUUGGCAUCUGUAUUAAGUGUUCCCACCACAAAAUUGCCAUCAGGUGCCAAAAGGAGCAAUGCAGAAAAACGGCAAAAAAAUAUCACAAACAGGCAAAAGUAA